CAUAUACAAACUAUUAAAAAGUGAAGCUGCCAUUUUGCUGCAUUUGAUUUGAGAGUUCAGUAAUCAGUUACUUUGGUUUACUACAAAUUACGUAGGUUGCAACGCAUUGAUUUAAAAUCUACUGUAAUUCUCAAAUUUAGAAAUCCAAGCAGCAUAUCUCGUGUUAAAAUGGCGGCCAGCGAUUCGGGCACAGAUGAGUCACUUUACCCUAUCGCAGUGCUUAUUGACGAGUUGAAAAACGAGGAUGUGCAACUCCGUCUAAACUCUGUGAAGAAACUCUCAACCAUUGCCUUGGCUUUGGGCGUCGAGAGGACCAGGUCUGAGUUGAUUCCGUUCCUGACGGAGACGAUAUAUGACGAGGAUGAAGUGCUGUUGGCCCUCGCGGAACAGCUCGGUAAUUUCAUCAACCUUAUUGGUGGUGGUGAAUAUGUCCACUGCCUGCUGCCUCCUCUGGAGAACCUCUCCACAGUUGAAGAGACAGUGGUGCGCGACAAGGCGGUCGCCUCGCUACGCGCCGUCGCUGCUCACCAUAGUCCUCAGGCUCUAGAGCAGCACUUUGUGCCAGUUGUGCAACGCCUCGCUGGUGGGGACUGGUUCACAUCCAGGGCAUCUGCUUGCGGCCUGUUCAGCGUAUGUUAUCCUCGUGUAUCGGCCCCGGUGAAGGCGGAACUGCGCCAGCACUUCCGCUCUCUGUGCCAGGACGAUACGCCAAUGGUGCGCCGCGCCGCCGCCUACAAACUGGGCGAAUUUGCACGCGUUGUUGAAGUUGAGUACGUCAAGAGCGACCUCAUACCCAUGUUCACUACCAUGGCGCAGGAUGAACAAGACUCGGUGAGGCUCCUCGUGGCGGAGGCGUGCGCCGCUAUCGCUGCGCUGCUGCCACCCGAGGACAUGGAGCAGCUUGUGAUGCCCACCGUGCGUGCGCGUGCCGGCGACACCUCGUGGCGUGUGCGUUACAUGGUCGCCGACAAAUUUGUAGAACUACAACAAGCUGUAGGUCCUGAAUUGGCACGUUCCGACUUGGCCCAAAUAUUCCAAGCACUUCUGAAAGACUCCGAAGCUGAAGUGCGCGCCGCCGCUGCCGGAAAGGUAAAAGAUUUCUGCGUGAACUUAGAUAAGGCCCACCAGGAGCACAUAAUAAUGACCAUGAUCCUGCCCCAGAUCAAGGAAUUGGUCUGUGAUGCUAACCAACAUGUGAAGUCUGCUCUUGCCUCAGUUAUUAUGGGCUUAAGCCCCAUCGUAGGACGCCAAAACACCAUUGAGCACUUACUUCCCCUAUUCUUGACGCAAUUGAAGGAUGAAUGCCCUGAAGUGAGGCUGAACAUUAUCUCUAACUUGGAGUGUGUCAAUGAAGUCAUUGGAAUUCAACAACUAGUCCAAUCUCUGUUGCCAGCCAUUGUUGAGUUAGCUGAAGACACUAAAUGGAGAGUGCGCCUGGCCAUCAUUGAGCACAUGCCACUGCUAGCUGGUCAACUGGGCCAAGAAUUCUUUGACGAGAAACUCACCGGCCUUUGCAUGUCUUGGCUGAUUGAUCAUGUGUAUGCUAUCCGUGAAGCUGCCACACUUAACCUUAAAAAACUGGUUGAACAAUAUGGAUCUCAAUGGGCUGAAACCAAUGUCAUUCCUAAAGUUCUGACCAUGUCCCGGGAACAAAACUAUUUGCACAGAAUGACAUAUUUGUUCUGCAUCAAUGUGCUUUCUGAAGUUUGUGGUAAAGAUAUUACCACCAGAGUUCUCCUACCCACAGUCUUGUCUAUGGCUGAUGACAAUGUUGCUAAUGUCAGAUUUAAUGUGGCGAAGACCCUUCAGAAAAUGGCGCCUUACUUGGAUCCUACAGUAAUACAGCCUCAAGUAAAGCCUGUGUUGGAGAAAUUAAAUGUGGAUCCUGAUGUUGAUGUGAAAUACUUCGCGUCGGAAGCGAUCGCCGGAAUAGCUGCCUAAUUUUGUAUCAUUAUUUUUAUUUUAGCAAAUAAUUAUUUUUCGGGCAGUAUAAAAGUUAUUCCAGUGAGUGAAUUAAAUAAUGUGAAAUGGUAAAACAAAAUUUUGUAAUAAUAAACUUAUCUUAAAUAUCUCGUAUAUUCGUCCAUUCGGCAUUUAUCUCCACUCAUAGAAGAUUCUUGGACGUAUUCAUUUUUUAUAUUGUAAUAGAUACCUGACCCGUAGUUAGUAUUUAUUCCAUUAAGCACUAGUUUUAAAGGAACAUUUUCUUUGUACGCUAAAUGUCUAGCCGGUCGUAGAAUUUUAUCAAUCCAAACUGCUUUAAAUGUAAAUAGGCACCACUAAGGAUUAUCGAUAUAAAUAAAAAAUAUAAAACACAAA